UGGUAAGUCUUCCCCUGCUUUUACUAUGAAUUCAAUGUUUUAUCGCAGUAGAUUGUGCCCUAGAAAGUUUUAUGCACUUACCAGAAAUCUCAGCACUAGGCCUCCGUCGGAUACUCUCAAUUUACAAAACUCUAAUUGCUCCAUAAACUCAGUGAUUAACACUUGUUUCCCGAGCUCUAUUUUGGGUCUCAAUUUGAUUUCCUCAAAUCUUUACUUGCCUAAACACCCCAAUUUUGUCAUUCAUUCUAAUUCCGUAACCAACCUAGUUUAUGGUAGAGACCCUUGCUUUGUGAGAAAUUACUGUUCUGGGAUAAAAACUGAAGGUGGUUCUCCUCAGUGGACUGAGGAUAUAGAAUAUUUGGAUGAGUCAGGCAGUGUGAUUUAUAGCGGUAAAGGUAUACGGUUGGUUGAGCCAGGACGUGAUGACCAUGUGAUGAUUGGUGAGCUGAAGAAGCCAUUUUUGAAUGUUGCUGCAGUUGCUAAGAUUGUUGAGUUUGUGAAGAGGUGGAAAUGGGGGCCAGAAUUGGAGACACAUUUGGACAAGCUACAAUUUGUACCAAACAUGACUCAUAUAGUUCAAGCUUUGAAAAUUAUCAAUGAUACUGAUGGCUCAUUGAGUUUGUAUAAAUGGGCUAGGAGGCAAUCUUGGUAUGUGCCGCAUGAUGAAUGUUAUUUGUUGUUAUUUGAUGGUCUGAGUCAAAUUAGAGAUUUUGAUGGGGUACAAGCUUUGUUUGAUGAGAUGAUUCAAGAUUCAAGUAGCCGUGGGGUAUCCUCAUUUUGUGCAUAUAAUAGGGUGAUCCAGUCUCUAGCUAAAGCAGAGAAGUUGGAGCUAUCAUUUUGUUGUUUCAAGAAGGUUCAGGAUUCGGGCUGUAAAAUUGACACACAAACUUAUAAUGCACUUAUAUCAUUGUUUAUGAAUAAGGGCUUGCCGUAUAAAUCAUUUGAGAUAUAUGAGAGCAUGGAGGCUGCAAAAUGUUCAUUGGAUGGCUCAACAUAUGAGUUGAUGAUCCCAUGCUUGGCAAAAUCAGGUCGUCUUGAUGUGGCAUUUAAGCUUUUCCAAGAGAUGAAAGAAAGGAAUUUUCGUCCAAGCAUUGGUAUUUUCUCCUCACUUGUUGAUUCAAUGGGAAAAGCAGGAAGGUUGGACACAUCUAUGAAGGUGUACAUGGAAAUGCAGGGCUUUGGACAUAAGCCAUCUGCAAUUAUGUAUGUGUCUUUGAUUGAGUCAUAUACCAAGGCUGGGAAAUUAGAUACUGCUCUUAGGCUAUGGGAUGAGAUGAAGAAAUCUGGUUUUAGGCCCAACUAUGGUUUGUAUACAAUGGUCAUUGAAUCUCAUGCAAAAUCAGGGAAGCUUGAUACUGCUAUGUCUAUCUUUAAGGAUAUGGAGAAGGCUGGAUUUCUACCCACCCCAUCUACUUAUUCAUGUCUUCUUGAAUUACAUGCGGCUUCCGGACAAGUAGAUUCAGCAAUGAAGCUGUAUAACUCAAUGAUUAAUGCAGGUCUAAGACCAGGUUUGAGUACAUACACUUCCCUUUUGACUCUCCUAGCUAGUAAGAAGCUCGUGGAUGUGGCUGCCAAAAUUUUACUUGAAAUGAAGGCAAUGGGAUUUUCUGUUGAUGUGAGUGCAAGUGAUGUUUUAAUGGUGUACAUAAAGGAUGGUUCUGUUGACCUUGCCCUGAGGUGGCUACGUUUCAUGGGUUCAUCAGGGAUAAGAACAAAUAAUUUCAUAAUCAGGCAGUUGUUUGAGUCUUGCAUGAAGAAUGGUUUAUAUGAAUCAGCCAAGCCUCUUCUUGAUACCUACGUGAACUCCGCUGCUAAAGUGGAUCUCAUACUUUAUACUUCAAUUCUUGCUCAUCUUGUCCGAUGUCAAGAAGAGCAGAAUGAGAGGCAUUUGAUGUCAAUCCUUAGUGCUACGAGGCAUAAGGGGCACACAUUUAUGUGUGGGCUAUUCAUUGGUCCGGAACAGAGAAAACAACCAGUUUUAUCCUUUGUGAGGGAGUUUUUUCAGGGCAUUGAUUAUGAGUUGGAAGAGGGUGCUGCAAGGUACUUUGUAAAUGUUUUACUCAAUUACCUUGUGCUUAUGGGGCAAAUAAACCGCGCUCGAUGUGUUUGGAAAGUUGCUUAUGAGAACAAGCUAUUCCCAAAGGCUAUAGUUUUUGAUCAACAUAUUGCUUGGUCUCUUGAUGUUAGAAAUUUAUCCGUGGGAGCUGCUCUUAUAGCAGUUGUUCACACUCUCCACAGGUUCAGAAAGCGAAUGUUGUACUAUGGUGUCAUUCCAAGGCGCAUAAAAUUGGUUACAGGACCCACUCUGAAGAUUGUGGUUGCUCAGAUGUUGAGCUCGGUAGAAUCUCCAUUUGAGGUUAGCAAGGUGGUUCUAAGAGCACCAGGGGACUCAGUCAUGGAAUGGUUUAAGAAACCUAUUGUGCAACAGUUUCUUCUGAAUGAGAUCCCUUCUAGAGCUGACAUACUCAUGCACAAGCUGAACACUCUAUUUCCCAGUUCUGCACCUGAAAUUAGAUCAUUGUCUCCCCCAAAACCACUCAUUUCAGGGAAGGCUAUGUAAUUAUUUUUUUCUUUCUUUAUAGUGGAGAUCAGUAACAAUUGUAGUAGUGGAAUGGAUCCCAAGUUAGUUUGUAAGGCAUGGUCCUUUAUCCUCAUUUUUCCUUUGAAGUUUUAUUUAUUUAUUGGUUAAAAAAAAUAGGAUUUUGAGGAGUUGUAUGAAUAUUGCCAGAUAUGCUGUAUUAACUUACAAAAAAUAGAGUUUAUACCUAACCAUACUAAGUUUAAGAUGUCUA